AUGCACAAAGGGGGUGGACUUCGGGAUCCAAAUCACUACGAUGUGGGCUCCCUCAUUACGGUGGAUGUGAUGCUUGAAGAGGCAGAAGCUGGAGGAAGGUUUCAAACAUUGGAACCCAGUGGAAGGCUUCUGACUCAUCGCUUCAAAGCAGGAGAUGCCUUGGUUUUUCAAGGCCACAAGCGUUGGUCCGGUGAAGAAGGGUCGCCGCAGAGUGGGGCGACCAAGAUGAACGGCUCCAGGUGUAGCAUGCUGUCCUGGUGGUGGAGCUCUGGCAUGGCAGGGAACGCUGCUGCGGCCACCGAUGUGACCGGCGCUGGAAACACUGCCCUUUUGGACCCCGCUCGGAGAGAGCGUUCGGCGGAAAAGAAAUGGUCCAAGGGAGGGGCCCGAGGAACACCUUUGACAGGGUUGGUUCCAAGUGGUGCGGCCAGCAUUGUUGACCUUGCUGCGAACUGA